CCGUUAGCAAUCUUCGUAUCGUGUCAAAUGUCUAAAUAUAUAAAGGACACUAAUUGGGCCUUUAUAUGAAAAGAUUCUCUAAAGGAGGCCCAUUUGGUGUCGUUUCUUCAGCGAGCGAGCGACGGUCGGAUCGAACCCGCCGGCAACGAUGGAUUUACAGCAGCAAGAGCAAACUUGUUGGAAACUCGAGCUCGACAAGGUCACUAAAUUGGAUCCUUCCAAGAUGAAGAAGAGGAAGAAGAAGAAGACGUUUAUACGCCAAGACGCUACCUACGAAUCUGAGCCAGAUUAUGGCUAUGCAGAGCUCUUGAGUAGGGUCUUUGAUAUGCUUCAUGAGGAGGUUUCCACAGAGAGGCCAAGAACAGUGAUGAUGCGUCAUCCCCAGCUCCUCGCACAAGGGACACAGAUCACAAUUUGUUUAGACUUUGCUCAUCUCUGCACAACGAUGCAUCGAAAACCAGGUCAUGUCAUAAAAUUCUUACUUGGCCAAAUGGAGACCAAGGGAUGGCUCAACAAACAGCACCAGCUAGAGAUGAAGGGUUUUGUGUCUUCUCAGCAUUUCCAAGCUGUGUUUCAGAGAUACAUUGAUGCGUUCGUAAUCUGCAGCUGCUGCAAAAGUCCAGACACAGCUCUCGCGGAGGACAAUGGUAUUUCCACUCUCAGCUGUGAGAUGUGUGGUUUGGUAGCAUUGAUCAACGAACCGAAUCCCCUGUGAGUAUGGAACUCAUCAACUUUAAGAGCCACGUGCUGGGGUAGAGUUGCAUUGUAAGAUUUAUUAUAGUUGUUUCUUCUGAUUUUGAGAACCAACCAGAAUAUGUUUUCUUUUACAAUACUAUUUGAAGUUACUGCCUCCUUAGAGAUGUAGAGACCGUGAAUACUGAGCAGGAAACUUUUUUGUGAGUGUAUUCCUUGUACAACUUCCUUAAUGAUUAGUUGCUGAGAAUAGGCAAACGGAUGCAAUGAAAUUUGCAAGAAUAAAAAGAAAGCAAUUAUAUAUA